GGCGCCAAGGAAGCGGCACCACAGGACGCUCUGAGGCUCUCAUUCCGUUUCGCGAGCACUGGGCACCGAGUGGCACGCGCGCGAGCCCUCGCCCGGGUUAGUUUAAGAAGCCCGCCGGGAGACAGCAGGAGCCCGUCUCGCCUACACCGCCUCACAGCCCGGCGACCUCCCCAGGGCACGAACUCCGUAAAAGUUUACGUGGCCCCGCCUACCAGGGCGGGACCGAGACUCGGCCCAACCAUUGCGCCAGAGGUGCGGGGAGGCCGCAGGCAGCAGCGCGGCCACGGUGCGAGCGCUGACGCCGCUGACACCUAGCCUCCUCCCCUAACGCCUCACGUGGUGCGGUCCAGUCACCAGUCACGUGGCGGCGGGGCGCGGCCUUCUGCGCCCAGGUGCAGCCGCCGGUUACCUGUGAGGAAGUACGGAGGAGCGGCGUGGCUGCUGGAAGGAUGCUGAGCCAAAGUCGCCUCACCCUUGUCCUGCUGGCCGCCGCUGUUUCGUGCGCCUUAGCGCAGCACGCGCCACCGUGGACAGAAGACUGCAGAAAAUCAACUUAUCCUCCAUCUGGACCAACCUACCGAGGACCAAUUCCAUGGUACACCAUAAAUCUUGAUUUACCACCCUACAAAAGAUGGCACGAAUUAAUGGCUGACAAGGGGCCAAUGCUAAAGAUUAUAGUGAAUUCUAUGAAGAAUAUGGUAAAUACAUUUGCACCAAGUGGAAAAGUUAUGCAGAUGGUGGAUCAGAAGUUGCCUGAUCUGCUUGGUCAGUUUUCUAGUCCUUAUGAAGAAGAAAUGAAAGGAAUUGCAGAUAUCACUGAGAUACCUUUAGGAGAGAUUAUUGCAUUCAAUAUUUUUUAUGAAUUGUUUACCAUGUGCACCUCCAUAAUUACUGAGGACAAGAAAGGUCACCUACUACAUGCUAGAAACAUGGAUUUUGGAAUAUUUCUCGGGUGGAACAUAAAUAAUAAUACCUGGGUCAUAACUGAGCAGCUAAAGCCUUUAUCAGUGAAUCUGGACUUCCAAAGAAACAAUAAAACUGUCUUCAAGGCUACAAGCUUUGCUGGCUAUGUGGGCAUGUUAACAGGAUUCAAACCAGGGAAAUUUAGUGUUACACUGAAUGAACGUUUCAGCUUGAAUGGUGGUUAUCUGGGUCUCCUAGAAUGGAUUUUGGGAAAGAAAGAUGCCAUGUGGAUAGGGUUUAUCACAAGAUCAGUUCUGGAAAAUAGUACAAGCUAUGAAGAUGCCAAGAAUAUAUUGGCCAAUACCAAAUUACUGGCCCCAGUAUACUUUAUUCUGGGAGGUAACCAGUCUGGGGAGGGGUGUGUGAUUACUCGAGAAAGGAAAGACUCUUUGGAUAUAUACGAACUUGAUCCUAAGCAGGGUAGAUGGUACUUGGUACAAACAAAUUAUGACCAUUGGAAAAAACCCUUAUUCAUUGAUGAUCGUAGAACCCCUGCACAGACGUGUCUAAAACGCACAACCCAAGAGAAUCUCUCAUUCGCAACCUUAUAUGAUAUUCUAUCAACAAAACCUGUUCUCAACAAGCUAACUGUAUUUACAACUUUGAUGGAUGUUACAAAAAAUCACUUUGAAGCUUACCUUCGGGAUUGCCCUGACCCUUGUAUGGGCUGGUGAGCAACCACUGGCCUGCAAACCAUGUGGAGAUGCGAAGACCGGCCAUCCAGCACAGCUAUCUGAAUCCCCUCUCAAGGCGGAAGACUCUAGCUGGUUUUGAGUCAUAAGCUUGCAUUGCUCGGUAUAUUUACGAUUAGCAGACUAUUUUUGCCCUAACAGUUGGUUCUUAUUUACAGAUUACUUCUUUUUUUUUUUUUUUGUAACAGGAAUCAAACUCAGGACCUUGUGGUUCCAAGUAGGCACUUGUGCCGCUGAACUAAAUUCCUGACCCAAAUGGUUGCGUGGCUGGCAGGAGGACCUGCUGUUUUUCUUUUUUUGUGGGGGAGGUACUGAGAAUCGAACUCACAACCAUGUGCUUGCCAGGCAGGUGCUUAUGCUGUCAUGCUAUAUCCCCAGCCCCUACAGGAAGUAAAACAGUCUUCUAGAAUUUGCUGAGAUUCAUUUCACUUUGACAUUUGGGGAUAGCGAUGAGCAGUUAAACCACCUCAAUGAAAUUUAAAGUCAGGAUUCUCUGUACACAUUGAUUAAACUAGUAACCCCAUGUGACUAAUGUAAAAGUAAAUAGUCCACAUUAUUCAAUUUUUCACUUUUACCAACACAGUUGUAUAUUUUUCUGUGUAAUAAAAUCUUCCUUCUAACUACUAAAAAAAUCAGUAUAUCAUUGCAUUUGCUGUUAAUGACAGCAGGAUAAUUUCAUCCCAUUUGACUGGGACAAUGAGACAGACCUUCAGUAUUUCCUAUAAUGGGUAAUAAAUGAACCUUUGACUCUGUAAAGAGUAUAGUUUUGGGGGUUUAUGAAAUAAUACCCAAGGCAGUUUAUCAUAAAAAGAAUGGAACCACUUCCUUUUUCACAAUUCUACCUCCCAGUAACCCUGGAAGUUGCAAAAUUAAAAAACCUUGAGUUCAGGCUGGCAUGGGGCACAGGCUGGAAUCCCAGCGCUCUGAGGGGCUCAGGCAAGAGAUCGCAUGUUUGAUCCCAGCCUGACAACAAUUUAAUGACUCAACAAGACCCUAUCUCAAAAAGGCCCUGGAUUCAACCCCCAGUACCAAACAGAGCCAUCAAAAUGGAACCCGAGAUUCUGCGAACUGGUGAAUGAACUUCAAAGACUUGACAAUAGGAAUUAGGAGGCGAACCAAUUAAUUUAAAUUUUCACAAGUAUCACUGAUUUAAUACAUAGGCUUUAGUUUGUCCUUCUGAUGAGCAUGUAUUUUUUAAAGAUUUUUAGUACAGUUAUUAAGAAUAUUUUUCAGAAAUCAGUAUUUAUAAAAACACUCACAGAAUUUGUUAAUCUAACUUUCAUAAUUAACUGAAACACAGCAUUUGUGCAAGACCGUGUCCACUUUAUUUUGUAUAAUCUCUGCAGCAUGAUGCUCAAUAAACAUGUCCAUCAGUGCCUGUGCACAAUGA